AUGAAGCUCACGCUCGCCCUUUCCGCCCUCAUGGCCUCAGCGGCCAUGGUCUCCGCCGUCCCCAUGCCGCACGUCCACACCCACAACAACGCCGCCCAAGUCAAGCGCGCCCCCGAAGCCCACGUCCACACCCACAAUAACGCAAACGCCAAACGUGCACCCGAAGCCCAUGUGCAUACGCACAACAAUGCCCAAGUCAAGCGUGCCCCCGAAAUGGAGAGGAGGGUCCCGGAACCACAUCGUAGGCGCAAGUCGGCGUCGGCGUCGGCGACGGAUGUGGCAGCUACAACGACUGCAGUAGCAGAUACGACGGCGGUGGCGGAUACUACUGCUGUUGCGGAUACUACUGCUGUUGCGGAUACUACUGCGGCAGCAACAGAUACGGCGAGUGUGGUGGUUAAGCGUGCUCCGGAACCUCACAAAAAACAUAGCACCGCAGCGGCGGCAGCAGCUACGACAACCGCAGUAGUUAAACGUGCCCCGGAACCUCACCGAAAGCAUAGUACGGCGGCAGCAGCAGCGGCUACAACCGCAGUGGUUAAGCGUGCUCCAGAACCCCACCGGAAGCAUAGUACAGCGGCGGCGGCGGCGGCUACAACUGCCGUAGUUAAACGUGCCCCAGAACCUCACCGCAAGCACAAGUCCGCCUCAGCAGCAGCAGAUACCACUGCAGUCGCUGCAACCACCACGGCAGUAGCAGACACAACCGCCGCCGCAGAUACAGCAACAGCAAGUGCCGUAGCCAAGCGCGCCCCAGUAGCUCAUGUCCAUACACACAAUAAUAAGCGUCAAGCUCUAGAUUUUGGCUCCUGCUCCGACCCAACCAUCAUCUUCGCCACCGGACUCGACGGCCGUAAAGAGGCGUCGUUUGGGCCCGCUUCGAGCGACUUCAACCACGGCUCGGCCUUGAAGAUUGGCGUCAUUGCGGACUUUAUCUGUAGCCAGCUGGCAAGCUCCUGCAAAGCCUCAGAUGCUGCAGUCGCAGCCUGCAAGUCGGGUGCAACUGCUGCUUCAGCGCUCACUGGACAGGCUGCUGCGGAUGCGUUUAAUGCUGCUGUAGGCGGUGCUGGUGUUUCCACUGCUUCGGUUGAUACCGCGGCCGAUCCUUGCGAUGAUGCUUCUGAGACUGUUGCUGCGGCCGCGGCCACUACUACUGAUCCUUGUGAUGAAGCUACUGCCACUGUCGCCGCACGAGCUGUAACUGAUCCUUGUGAUGAAGCAACCCCAACUGUAGCUGCUAGGGCUGUAACAGAUCCUUGUGACGAAGCCACUGCCACUGCCACUAUCGCCGCCCGAGCAGUCACCGAGCCUUGUGACGACGCUACUGUGGCCGCCGCCGCAGCCACCACUGACCCUUGUGAUGAAGCUACAGCUACUGUCGCUGCCCGAGCAGUCACCGAACCAUGCGAUGAUGCCACUGUCGCAGCUGCUGCAGCCACUACUGACCCUUGUGACGAGGCCACCGCCACUGUCGCCGCCAGAGCCAUGAGCGAGCCAUGCGAUGACAGCACCGUAGCUGCUGCCGCUGCCACCACCGACCCCUGCGAUGAAGCUACCGCAACCGUCGCCGUAGCCGCCGCAACCCCCACCCCGCCCUGCGACGAGGACACCACCGUCGCCGCCGCCGCAGCCACUAGCGAGCCCUGUGCCGAUGACGUCGCCGCAGCAGCCGUCGCUGGGAGCAAGAACCUCGACUUUGGCAUCUGCACGGACCCCACGAUGAAGUUUGGCGGCGGCUUUGACGGCCGCCCGGCCACCGAGAACUCGUUCCUGCCUACAAACAGCGACGGCAAGUUUAGCGGUCAGUCUAGCGCGCUGAACCCGAAUAUCAUUGCGAACUUUAUCUGCGAUAAUCUGGUCAACACUUGUAAGGCGGGCGCGGACGCGCUGGCGGCGUGUCAGGCGGCGAAGGCGGUGGUUGCGGGGUUGAAUGUGAGGGAUGCGAGUGUGGUGGUGAAAUUUAAUGCUGCGCUUGGGUUUUAA